AUGGCUCCCGUCCCCCCCUCCGACCGCCGUCCCCUCGUCAUCUCCGGCCCCUCGGGCGUCGGCAAGGGAACCCUCUACAAGCGCCUCUUCGAGAGCCACCCGGACACCUUCGCCCUCUCCGUCUCGCACACCACCCGUGCCCCGCGCCCGGGCGAGGCCGAUGGCGUCGACUACCACUUCGUCACCUGCGAAGCUUUCGCCGACCUCGUCUCCAAGGACGGCUUCGUCGAGCACGCCACCUUUGGUAGCAACUCGUACGGGACCUCCAAGGCCACCAUUGAGGAGCAGUCCGCCAAGGGCAAGGUCGUCGUGCUCGACAUUGAGAUGGAGGGCGUCAAGCAGAUCAAGAACAGCUCCAUCUCCGCGCGCUACGUCUUCAUCGCCCCGCCCUCCGAGGACGAGCUCGAGAAGCGCCUCCGCGGCCGUGGGACCGAGAAGGAGGAGAGCAUCCAGAAGCGUCUGGCCCAGGCCAAGGUCGAGCUCGAGUUCGCCAAGACGCCUGGCGUCCACGACAUCACCAUUGUCAACGACGACCUCGACAAGGCUUACAAGCAGCUCGAGGACUUUGUCUACAAGUCUUCUUGA